AUGUUCAAGAAAAAAUCAGUAAUUUUAAUUCUUUUCAUUUUCGUUACUCUCGUUUAUUCACUUCCAAAUCCUAAUAAACCUCAAAAUGGAGGAGGUCAAGUUGGAGAAAUUGCUAUAGUAGAUUUUCUUGGACUACCUGAUGAAGAAGCUUUAGGACGGGCUGUAUUUACUCAAAUUACUCAAGAUACUUGCAGGGCUACUAUGCAAUGGAAUGAAGGAUUUACUUCAGGCAAUCCUGAUGAUUAUAAGUUCAAUCUAGAUCACAUUGAUAUUACCUCCGAUAUACGCCCACACUUAUUGAUUAAUCCUCCUGGUACUGCACCAAUUGAAAUAGAGUUUAGUACCUUUACUUGUUUAUCUCUUGUUGGUAGAAGAUUUAAAAUCAAACGUAAAAAUGAAACGAUUG